CGCAAGUCCGGCGAGCCCUUCAUCGUGCACCCCCUGCACGUCGCGACCGUGUUAGCGGAUCUCCGCAUGGACGCGGACACGGUCAUGGCCGGGCUGCUCCACGACACGGUCGAGGACACGUCGCUGACCGUGGGCGACAUCCAGGCGACCUUCGGCGACGCCGUCGCGCGCAUCGUCGAGGGCGUCACCGACGAGCCGACGCAGAUCGAUAGUGAAAACCAGCAGGACCUGUUGUUGUCCAUGUCCUCCGAGUGGCGCGUCGCGUUGGUGAAGCUCGCGGACCGCCUCCACAACAUGCGCACGCUCAAGCACAUGCCCAAGGAGAAGCGCAUCAAGAAGGCCAAGGAGACGAUGGAGCUCUUCGUGCCCCUGGCGCGGAAGAUGGGCAUCACGCCCAUCUACGAGGAGCUGUUGGACCUGUGCUCCGAGACGCUCCUGCCG